AUGGCCAUGAACUCUCAACAAUUUGGGCCGAGGGAUGUCAUGGGAGUGAAAGAAGCUGUUGAGGUAAGUUCUCCUAUGCAACAACAAUUAAAUGAGCUAACUGCUUUUGUGAGGAAACUUGCUGUAGGUAAUGCUCAAGUGAAGCCGUGUGGAAUUUGUGCGAGUGUUGAGCAUCCCACGGAUGCUUGUCCCACACUAAGAGAAGAGGUGGACGUGAGUGCUAUAGGUUUUGCACCGAGAAACGCUUAUGACCCUUAUUCGAACACAUUCAACCCGGGAUGGCGAGAUCACCCCAACUUUAGUUAUGGGAAUCAACAAUCCUAUGGUCAGCAGCAACCGCCAGGUUUCCAGUCAUAUGGACAACAGCAACCACAAAGGACCAUGCCCCAAGCCUCCAUGCCUGAUCAAAUGUCUCAAGUUGUGAAGGAGGUGCGGGAUAUGAAAGAGAGGGAGAAAGGCAAGCUACCGGCUCAAACCCACAUGAACCCGAGCAAUGUUAGUUCAAUGGUCUUGCGAAGUGGUAAGGAGCUGAAGGGUUCGAAGGUGAUUACUGAAAAAGAGAAAGCUGGAGAGGAGAUUGAGCAAGAAGCGAACAAGUCAACUGAUCAGGUGAAUUCUAAACCUCUUAUUCAAUCAAAUGCUAAUGUUGCUCCAUUUCCUCACAGGUUAGCAAAACCGGGUAAAAACGAUAAAGACAAGGAGAUAAUGGAGAUGUUUAAGAAAGUGGAGCUAAGCAUUCCUUUGCUUGACGCAAUUAAGCAAGUCCCCCGUUAUGCGAAAUUUCUGAAAGAGUUGUGUACCAAGAAGAACAAGUUGAGAGGAGACGAGAAGGUGCUAGCUUGA